UAUUGACAGCGGGUUACAGUGAUAUUCUACGGGUACAGCGGGAAUGGCUUCUGCAACUUAUACCGUUAAAUGCAGACGUUAUCGAUGAUCAAGAAAAAACGGAAAUUCCAAAUAUAUAAGAGCGAGGAAAAUCUGACAAAACCGCAACAUCUCCUUGUUGGUUUCCGGGCACCUCUCGCCAACUCGAAGCGUCAAGAGCCCUAGACAAGCAUCUGGCAUGAAUUCUGCAUUCAAGCGCUAUUCGUGCGUUUACAAGAUAUCUCUAUGGACGUUACUACUUGCCAACUACACGUUUUCUUCAGCAGCUCCUAACGGGGCAAAGGCCGGUGUUAGCUACAUAAUCUACAAGAAUGGGAUCGGCUUAGCCCCCCUCCAGACAUGGAAGUCCCUAUCUACGGGGAGCUUGACGCAGUGUGCCAUGAUGACCUCCAGAUUGGAUUCCGGGUUCUUCAGCUUCAGCGUCGCCGGAGAAGGCAACGGCUCCGCAAGUUGCCGCAUCCUCGCGCCGCCCGUAGUGAAUCUCUGCGGCGAUUUCAUAACGCACGAGACCUUUUCUUCCGUGUGGAAAUUGCAGGGUUACUCGACGAGUGUGAAAGUAGGGAACGACGGCAAUAUAACCCAAGAAGCUCCAGGGCAAUGCAACCCGUUGGGAGAGGUCAACAACGAGGACCAAGGAGAUACCACUGGAGACAAGGGAAGCACAGGCAAAUCAGAAUCAGAAGAAAACGGAAACACACAGACAAGCGGUGAGCAAGAAACCAGCAAUACAGACAACAGCGCAGCCACAGACAGCAAUGAUGCAACCACAGAAACCAGCAGCGUAUCCACAGGCACCAACAACCAAGCCAACAGAAACACCAGCCACGUCAGCCACAGACCCAACAACGCAUGCCAACGAGCACCAAUGCAAUCGCAGCACAGACACCAACAACGCAGCCACAGACACCAGCAUCGCAGCCACAGACACCAACAACGCAGCCACAGACAGCAAUGA